AUGGUCUAUGGACGCAGCAUUGCCGUGGGCAUCUGCCUUAUGGCCAUUAUAGUACUCUACUCAGCUGUGGUCUUCUAUCUAAGUUUAGGACCAUGCCCCACGGGCAGCUUUGCCUGCAACAAUGGCAUUCAGUGCGUGCCGCAGCGUCAAAUGUGCGACAAGAAUCGCGACUGCACCGAUGGCAGUGAUGAGCAUCCGGUCGAGUGUGGCAAUCUCUAUGGCAGCAAGGAGAUUGCCGAUAAAAUUGUGCGUAAUGCGAUUGAGAAAAGGAAGCAACAACAACGCCUAAUGAUAGUUGGGGGGUCAAAUGUCAGCGCCGGGGAUUUGACAUCGCCAGCGGGUAGCAGAAUCCAACGCAUGACCAUACCGUGCGCUAUCACAACAUAUCCAGGCCAGUGUGCAUGUGCUGGCGGCACAAGGCUCUAUUGUGGCAAGUUCGCCAUGUUGCGUCGCAUGCCACGCAUCAGCGCCGAGGUAACGAAUCUAUAUUACAUAGGAAACAAUCUGACAUUGCGAGAAAAUCUUUUUGCAAAUAUGACGCGACUACAGAAGCUCACUCUGAAGUACAACAACAUAUCACAAGUGCCACCAGGCAGCUUUAGUGGCUUGCUGCAUCUGGAACGGCUUGAGCUUAGCCACAACAAUUUUAGCAAAUUGUCACAUGUCAUCUUUAAGGAUUUGCCUAGUCUGCAAUGGCUGUUCCUGGUCAAAAAUCAACUCCGCUUCUUUCCAAUGGAGCAUUUGGCUUUAAUGCAUAAACUGGAAUGGCUCAUUCUCAGCCACAAUCGCCUGACGCUGCGGAACGAACAGCUGUCCAAGGGUCCAGAGCUCCGUGAAAUCUAUUUGGAUCACAAUAGAAUCGAAUACAUUGGCGAAAAAACGUUUGCACAAUUGGAUAAUUUAGCGUUGCUCGACCUGCAGCAUAAUCUUAUCACACAUAUACAUAUAAAGGCCUUUGCUAAUCUAACGUCUAUACUGGAUAUCCGCCUCGUUGGCAAUCCCAUUAAGGAAUUAUCUGGCAAAACAUUUCUGUAUAACAAACGUCUCGACGCGCUCUCGCUGGCGCACAUGCCUCUGCCCAUUAAUCGCAACCUGGUGGAGUCAUUGAACAUAUCCUUUUUGAAUCUGACCGGAAUAGAAUUCGAUCGUAUUGACUUUAAUGCCAUAAAUGAGAUGCGCAAGCUACAGUAUAUCGUCUUCGAUCGUUUCUAUUAUUGCUCAAUGACGCCAAAAUUGCAGUUUUGCAGCCCCAAGACAGAUGGAGUAAGCUCUUUGGAGGAUCUUCUCACCAAGCCAUCGCUGAGGUACUCCACCUGGUUCAUGGCCACGCUUUCCAUAGUUGGAAAUUUGAUGGUGCUGUGGGGUCGUUUCAUCUAUCGGGAUGAGAACGUGGCUGUUACGAUGGUGAUAAGGAAUCUGGCAUUGGCUGAUUUACUGAUGGGCAUCUAUUUGGCCAUUAUAGGAGUGCAGGACUUUCGCUACAGGCAUGAGUACCACGAAGUCGCACAUGAAUGGAUCAACUCAUGGCAAUGCAUUGCAACUGGAACUCUGGCGGUUAGCUCCUCGGAGGUGUCCAUGCUGAUACUGGCCUUUAUGUCGCUGGAACGUUUUCUGCUCAUUGCGGAUCCGUUUCGAGGCCAUCGUAGCAUCAGCAUACGCAUCAUUUUCCUCUCGCUCUUUUGCAUUUGGCUGACCGGCGUUGGCUUGGCAGUGACCCCAGUCCUCAUCUGGAGGUCGAGCACACAAUUCUAUGGCAAAAACUCCGGCACCUGCUUUCCACUGCACAUUCAUGAGGCCUAUUCGGUGGGAUGGCAAUACUCGGCAAUUGUGUUUCUAGGCAUCAAUUUAUUGCUACUGGUAAUGAUUGCCCUAUUGUAUACGGCACUGCUGAUCUCCAUAUGGCGGACGCGUAGUGCCACGCCCCUCUCGCUGCUGGACUGCGAGUUUGCGGUGCGUUUCUUCUUCAUUGUGCUGACCGAUGUGCUGUGCUGGGCACCCAUUAUUGCCAUGAAGAUCUGGGUAUUCUUCCAAUACAAUAUAUCGAACGAUAUUUAUGCCUGGCUGGUCGUCUUCAUUCUACCGCUCAACUCAGCUGUCAAUCCGCUGCUGUAUACCUUUACCACACCCAAAUAUCGAAAUCAAAUUCUGCUGCGCGGCUGGAAGAAGAUAACGUCCCGUAAACGCACCGAUACCGGACACGGUAAUGUCGCCACAACCACAACUGGCACCGCUACGGGCUCCUCUCAACAGCCGGAUGACUCCACCACCACAACAUUCAUAAAGUCUGUGCCAUUGGCUCUCACCAUGAGCCACUGAACAAUGCGAUCCAUUUACCAAAACCUUAUGCCAAAAUCAGAAAUAUGUAUGUUUGACCUUCUCAUUUGUUAUGUCUAUAUCCAAUUCAUAUAUUUGGAUCAAUAUGUGUAUUUAUGUAUCUAUAUGUGCAUCCAAGUCAUUGUUAACCAACCCAACAAAAGCGUGAAAUACAUUCAAUGUGAUAUUUGUAAAA